CAGACAACCAUUCACACUCACAUUCACACCUACGGUCAAUUUAGAGUCACCAGUUAACCUAACCUGCACGUCUUUGGACUGUGGGGGAAACCGGAGCACCCGGAGGAAACCCACGCGGACACGGGGAGAACAUGCAAACUCCGCACAGAAGGGCCCUCGCUGGCCACGGGGCUCGAACCCGGACCUUCUUGCUGUGAGGCAACAGCGCUAACCACUACACCACCGUGCCGCCCCAAAUAUUUACAUAUGCAAACAUAUAAAAAAGAAUAAGAUAUGGGGAGAAAGAAAAAGGCCAGCUGGAGAGGUAUUGCUAAUUGUCAGGCUAGGCUACUGCUCCUUCCUGUCCUCUGUCCUCCUGUUACCCCUCCUCCCCCCCAGAGAGGAGUUGUACAGUCUGAUGGCGUGAGGGACAAAGGAGUUUUUGAGUCUGUUCGUCCUGCACUUGGGAAGGAGCAUUCCGUCACUGAACAGGCUCCUCUGGUUGCUGACGACAGUGUGCAGAAGGUGGCUGGCAUCGUCCAUGAUGUUCAGUAGUUUGUCCAUAGUCCUCUUCUCUGCCACCGUCACCAGAGAGUCCAGCUUCAUGCCGACCACAGAGCCGGCCCGCCUGAUCAGUUUGUCCAGCCUGGAUGUGUCCUUCUUGGAUGUGCUGCCCCCCCAGCACACCACGGUGUAAAACAGGACACUGGCGACCACAGACUGAUAGAACAUUCACAGGAGUUUCCUGCAGAUGUUAAAGGACCGCAGCGUCCUCAGGAAGUAUAGCCUGCUCUGUCCCUUCCUGUACAAGUGGUUGGAAACCAAAAGGUUGACGUAAAGGGACAGAUCGGCCACCGGAAUUGACUCAAGGAUGAAACUGGCAUGACGUCCGAUGAAGAAUUUGCUCGUCUUGGAUUGCAGGGACAGGCAAGAGGUUCUCAGGUGUUGGUGUUGGGUUUGGAUGGCGCAGGCAAGACGAGUCUUCUGCAGUACUUUGCGACAGGGAGCGCGGAACAGGAAGUGUUGCCCACUCAGGGAUUCCAUGCCGUCUCGAUCAACAGAGAGGAGCUGCACAUCGAGUUCCUCGAGAUUGGAGGUGAGGAGAAGCUCCGAGACUACUGGCCCGUGUAUCUGAAAAAGGCUCGGGUGUUGGUGUUUGUUCUGGACGCGGCCGACCCCACGCGCUUUCCUCUGGCGAAAACCAGCCUGCACCGGCUGCUGGCCUCUGAGCCGUACCUGCCGCUGGUGCUCCUCGCGAAUAAACAGGACCUCCCGGGUGCGUGUGGUGUGACCGAGCUGUACGAGUCGAUGGGACUAGGUUCAGUAGGCGACGGUCGUAAGCUGUGUGUUUUGGGCACGCAGGUUCAGAAAGGCUCAUCCGAUGCUCAUCCCAGCCUGCAGGACGCUUACGAGCUCAUCCUCGAGAUGAACAGUAACUGAGCGGAGCAGCAGAGCUCCACCUGACUGAGCAAUGAUGCUGAUUGGUUGUUUGUUUUAAGCUAAGAUUAACAAAUGUCCCAACAAAUCAGGGCGAUUUUGUUUCCAAAGACAUUCCUUCAACAGAAAGCACUAAGUAUGAUGUUUCACGGUUACGGGUUUAUUGUUACAUGAGGAUUUAAGGAGCGCUAACGCAACAUCGCUUUGAGUGUUCCCACCGUGGAUUGAUGCUGCAACAUUGCUGAAGAGUGCGUGGUUAGAUGUUCUUUGGCGCUCCCACAAUUUACUAAGCACUGUGUUAAUGCGUUCUUUUAGAUUCAAGCAGUAUAUUUGUGGAAACUGUCCAAUAAAAAGCUGACAUGGAUGACACCA